AAACAAAAAAUAUUUUGUGAAAAUGUUGAUUUAUAUGAAAGUUAAAUUUGAAAAUUUUGUAUCAAAUAAUUUGAAGCUAAUAUUAUUACUUUCAUUAACAAUACAAGUGACAUUAGCGCGACCGCAACAAGAGAAACAACCACAACAGCACAAAUUUGCAACUGUGAAUCCUUAUCGUCAUUAUUUCACCUCGGCUAAAUGCAAAGAUUUGCUAACGGGUCGUGAAUUAUAUGUGGGCGAUUUUUUUACACGUUCCGGCCAAUGCAUACGUAUACAGUGCUUGGGUACUUUGGAAAUUUGGGAAGAUCGUUGUCAAAUUCCUAAAUUACCCGAUAAUUGCAACUCUUUACCGGUAGCAAAUGAAUUUCUGGAUUAUCCUCGUUGUUGUCCAACAUACGAAUGCCAUUCGUAUACGACCAAUCCGAAUGGUGAAACAGAAACUCGUCAAAUUUACGAUCACACGGGCAAUUUAUUACGCGAAUCAUUAUUACACGUAAUUUAUCAAAAAGUCUAUGUCGAAUCAGAUAAUUAAAUCAGAAAUAUCGUAUAAUUUUUCAAUACUUUCAAUGAUAAUUACUCAAGUAAAUGUGUUUUCUUGUUUUCUUCAUUUCCUUAAAUCUAACCGGUAUGGCAUAAUUUGCAAAAAAAAAUGUACUUCUCAGUUUUGACUGGAAGGCGUGGGAUCUCAGAGAAUAUUACAUAAUUUCUUAACUGUGGGUACAUAUUUCAAUUGCAUAACAUAUCGCAUUAAAAAGCGAUAACCAUCAAAGUAUUUUGAUUUAUUUGAACCAAAUCAGCGUACCAUGCGUUCACUAAAUGAGUUUUCGAUCAUCGCAUAACCUAAACGAAAUCAAUUUAUAAUUUUCAUAUAUAUUUGGAAACGCAGCAGCUUAUGUUCGUCAAUGUCGUUUGGUGUCGCGUAAAAAAAAUAGAAAAAUAUUAAUCAGAUUAUACUAUACGGUCCCUUAUUAUAACAAUGCAACCAUGCCUUUUGGCUAACGAACUUUCAUUUCGAAGACGUAACUUGAAAACCAUUUAAUACUGCAUUAUAUACCACUUUCGCUUUCGCAAAAAAUCUAGAUAAUUUUAUCUAGGCAAAAAUGCCAAACUUGACGUUCAUUUCUUACAACUAUCAACAAAAGUAUAUCAAAUUUUUGAUGAAAUUAAAUAAAGCGAAUUAAUAAGCAUUUUUAAUAAAAAAGAGAACUGUAGUAACGAGUUGAAGCUUGAAGAAGAGUAGUCAAUGUAUAAAGUGCGCCCGCUGUUAAGCAAAAUUACAACAAAAGAGCAAUAUUUAAAUAUUUUUUUGCUCAUUUGCAUAAAUUCAUUUCAGUAAUCCUCGGUAGUACUUAUAGGUCUUUGAUCCAUAUAAGUAAUUAUUCUUUCUCAAGUAAGGGAUAUUUGCAUCUUUUUAUUUUAAAAAUAAAUCUCCUAAUGUUAAUUGCAAAUUAAAACUUAAUUUUAUAAUACAUUUUUCAAAAGACGCUUCAUUGUAAACGAGUCUACACAGAAACGCUUAUAUUUUCGAAUAAAUUUUAAAUUUAAUUUAAGAUUCUUUAUUUUACUUCAGCUUUUUGUUGUCAUUCGUUCAACUUUUUUCUCUUAUGAGUGCAACUCUGUACGAACAAUACUAACUAAAAACGAGAGCUAUGUAACAGAAUGUAUUUCACAGCUGUUAGCCAUAUGAAAAAUAAAAAGCUUGAAUUUCGAAAAUGUAACUUGGCUUUCGCCAUUCGUAAUUACUAUCAUGAUUUUGAAUGUUAAAUUCUUGAAACCCCUUGAUAUCCAUAGCUGAGAGCGAAAAAGCCGCCAACAAUAUUUCGUCAAACAGCUGAAGACAAUAGUAAAAACUACAUUUUUCAAUAUUAACGAUUACACUCGAUUAUAAAACGAAACUAAUUCUUUUUAAAUAGAUAUUUAUAUGCGACAAGAGCCAUACACCGGAUAAUUGAUUCAUUUAAUUAUUAUUAAAAAAAAAUUU